AUGACUAACACGGAAUCCGAAGAAAUUCAAACUCAAAGUUCAGGUGCAAUGUUUCAUGUUGAUGAAGAACUGCCUAAUCUUUCUGAGAUGAAACUAAAAGAAGUAUUACUACCUUUUAUAAUGGAUACUCUUGAUGACUCUGAGAAAAAUGCCAAAGUAUCAGAUUCGGCUUACUCAAAUAGUUGUAGCAACAGUCAGUCCAGAAGAAGUCAUAGCUCCAAGUCUACGCAUUCCGGAAGUCAUUCUAGCGGAAGCAGCGGUUAUGGUGGUAUACCCUCAACGUCUGGCUCCAGCAACAACAUAAACCAGGAUCCAGAAGAAAGGAUUAAAGAUAAAGAAAUUAAGAAGAAGAAGAAAGUGAAAACAGAAGUGGCGUCGAGUGAAGUGAAAAAAGAAACUCAAUGGCCACCUGCGCCUGUUUUUGAAACACCUAAAGAAAAUAACAAUGAUGUUGAUCUCACACCGCCUGCUUCGUCAAUGCAAGUGGAAAAAGGACCAGAAGAUAUGGACAUCUCCACUUCAGACAAGAGUAGCGGAAAGGACGAGCCAAGUUCCUGUAAUAUUCUGAUCCCCACGCCAGUAAACGUGAUCAACACACGUCAUUUAGCACAAAGUGAGGACGGAUUCACGUGUGUAAUAUCAAUGCAAGACGGUGUGGUGAUGUACACAGCCUCUUCAAUCACGACUGCCCUAGGCUUUCCUAAGGACAUGUGGAUUGGAAGAUCCUUUAUAGAUUUUGUUCAUCCUAAGGAUCGCACCACUUUCGCAUCACAGAUAACAAGCGGAUUGGCAGUACCGAAAAACGUAAAUGGUACGCAAACGAAAGCGCCUGCUUUAGGUAACCACGUUUGCUCGAUGGUAUGUCGCAUUAGACGAUAUAGAGGUGUUACUUCAGGAUAUCGCGUAAAAGAUAGAGCGGUUGCCUUUAUGCCUUUCACGCUCAAAUUUUAUUUUAAGAAUAUUAAUGAUAAAGAGGGGCACGAAAUCAUCUACUUGGUGAUACAGGCUACCCCGUUCUUUUCUGCCUUUAAAACCCCAAAUGAAGUAAUACCACAAGCAGAGCCAUUUGUUAUAAGACAUUCAGCAAGCGGUAUUUUGGAGCAUAUAGAUUCUGAAUCGGUUCCAUACCUUGGAUACUUACCCCAAGAUAUUGUUGAUAAGGACGCUUUGCAGUUAUAUCAUCCUUCAGACCUACUUUAUUUAUGCCAAGUGUAUGAAACUAUUGUUAAGGAAGGCGUAGUACCGAGAUCAAAACCUUAUAGGAUGUUGGCUCAGAAUGGAAAUUACCUUAAAUUAGAAACAGAAUGGUCAUCAUUUGUUAAUCCGUGGUCAAAGAAACUGGUAUUUGUCAUUGCCAAACAUUAUAUCAUCGAGGGUCCCGCGAAUCCCGAUGUGUUCCAGUCACCGGAAUCUGAAAUCGAUUUAAAUAUGACAGAAGAAGAGAAAAGUAAAGCUGAAGAAUUAAGACAAAAUAUAAUUAAAGUUAUGAAUGAGGCUUUAACUAAGCCUGCGGAAGCUGCCAAGCAACAGAUGAGUAAACGGUGUCAGGAACUUGCUUCUUUUAUGGAGACUCUGAUGCAGGAGGCCCCGAAAGAAGAUGAAUUUCGCCUUGAUAUACAAGAAGCGGAUCACAGUUGUUUUGAACGUGAUUCUGUAAUGCUCGGAGGUAUCUCUCCGCACCACGACUGCAACGAAAGCAAGUCUAGUACAGAAACACCGAUAAGCUACAAUCAGCUAAAUUACAAUGACAAUUUACAAAGGUAUUUUGAUAGUCACGAGCCUUUCGAAGAAUAUAACAUACCUAUAAUUGAUAUAAAACUACAAAUACAAAAUCCUGAACCACUGUUUAGCAAUUAUCUGCCUGCCCGCCAGCCCAUUAGCUGUUGUUCAGGGGACAAUGUUGAAGGCACAAAUGCGUCAGACUCUAAGGUCGUGGUUCUAGCUAGUUCCAGCCAGAACUCAAAUGAAGACGAGCAUCAACAAGUGCGAUUGACCGAGUCUCUAUUGACCAAACAUAAUGCCGAAAUGGAAAAGGAAAUGGUAAAGAUGCACCGUGAAAAUAGACUGAGCAAAGGCGAAAGGGACAAAAAUUCAAGCGAAACUAGGCAGAAGAAAAAAGAACACUUCGCAAGAUGCAACGCGUUACAUCAGUCGACUACCGCAGCUGUGUCUCAGCCGCACGGUAUAAAGAGGGCUUCAAAGCAAAAAGAAGAAACAGGUGCACCCAAACAAAGAUGCAGCUCACCACGACUUCAUACUAAACAAAGUUGUAACGGCGUAAACGCUCCUACUACCGCUUCAAAUCCAGUCAUGCCACCACCAUGGCCAGCAAGUCAAGCGACCGGUAUGAAUACAUAUAUAGUGCCGCAGCCAAUGUCUUUAAUGAGCCCUGUGCAUGUACCAGGAGUAAUCCCCGUAUAUUACACUCCAACAACCGACCAGUCUAUAUGUUCAAUGGAGACCUUAAAUAGCACUGCCAACAGUGCUCAGUUCCAAACAUUCGCACAUCCUGGCAGCACAAUGUACAAUAUAAACCAAGUGUCUAAUAGCACCACAAGUGGACCCAAUAUCACCAAUACAGGAAUGCCGUACCAGUCCCAAAGUCAAAUGCCAUGUGUGAUGUUCGGACAGUCGGUCUACGGAACCCCCGUUAUGUAUUCAUCAAUUAAUCCACAAAUAUAUACGAUGCAACAUAAUUUCCUUUCUACAAACGAGCCAAAUGUGCAUCAAUUGCUAUUACCCGAUAGAAAUUAUGAAGAAGCGUGUAAAACUUUGCCAAUGAGAUCUGGCAAACGGCUCACAUUAAAUACCUGGAAACAGAAGACUAUGGAAUCUAUGCCGAAAGUACCGGAUGCGAAGAAAGCGACAAGCGACAUCAGUCCUUCUUCUGUCGACGUCUCCAAUAGGAAAACGGAAUCUGCCCCGAGCCAAGACAGUAAAAAGAGAAAAUCGCAUAAAAGCAAUAGCAACGCCACCGCUGAAAAAACUGAUGAAGAAUCCAGCUAUUCUUCUCUUUAUUCAUCUUUCUUCAAGACCGAGUCUGGUAGCACAGACGAAAGUGAAUUUAAAAAUAAAGAUAAAGAUGAACGAAUGAAAAGGCGGCGAACUUACGAUACACAAACAAUGCAAAAUGAUGCUGCAGUCAAAAAUGAAUCACACCCUAUGAAAGUAGCCAAGAAGGAACAAGUUUGCCUAACAUCAGAAAUAAUUUACAAGUAUCAAAUUGUAACCAAAACUUUGGAGGAAGUGUUGUCUCGAGAUAAGGAAAAAUUGCAAAACUUUGAGCAACCCACGCUGGUGAAUGAACAGCUCGGUCAACUUUACCUGGACUUACAGUUAGAGGGUGUUGCAGCGAGACUUACUUUAGAAGAAGGUAUCACUAGUUCUAGCAGCUCUUGUGAUGAAUCUUCAGCAAAUUCAGCCGAGCGUAAAUGUGAAUACAGCAAAUUGACGAUGAUCUUCGAAGAAGAUGCACCUCUACCGCCGCCAGAGACA